ACAGAGCAGUGUGAGGAGGCAACAUGGACCCCAGACCAAGCAAAACCCACCCUCUGCUGCAUCCCCUGCAUUCUAGUCAGACUUCCCGCCACCGUCACCAUCAAGCAGAAGAGAAAGGCUGAAGGGGAUGCUACAGGAGAUAAAACCAAGGUGAAGGACAAACCACAGAGAAGAUCUGCCAGGUUAUCAGCUAAACCUGCUCCUCCAAAGCCAGAGCCCAAGCCUAAGAGGCCCCUGCAAAGAAGGGACAGAAGGUACCAAAAGGGAAAAGGGAAGGCUGAUGCUGGCAAAGAUGGGAAUAACCCUGCAGAAAAUGGAGAUGCCAAAACAGACCAGGCACUGAAAGCUGAAGGUGCUGGAGAUGCCAAGUGAAGUGUGCACAUUUUUUAUAACUGUGUAUUUCUGGUAACUGUACAGUUAGAAAUACUAUUUUUUAUCAAGUUUUAUAGAAAUGCAGAAUUUUGUUUUACUUUUUUUUUUUUAAAGCUAUGUUGUUAGCACACAGAACACUUCAUUGUUAUUUUGGGGGGAAGGACAUAUAGUACUAAUAGAAUAUAUCAAAAGCUGGACUGACAUGGGGGCGAGGGAGGAGAAAUACCUUUCCCUUCUAGUUUUGAGAAACUUCCUCUUGGUUCCUGGGAGGAGGGAUCUCUUGAUAUUGACACACAUUAGCCACUUUGACACAAAUAUCUAAUCGUGUGGGAAACUAAAAUUCAUUUUUAUGUCAUUUUCUCCCUCUCCACAUUAAGCAUAGACUUGGCGUUCUUAAAGCCUAGAGACCUAUUGGGACCUGACCCCAAAAAACUGAUUUCCAGUAUGUUGGGCAAUCUGAACUUUCCAGUGUCACCACUGAGAUGGCCUCCCUCAAAAGAGCAGCAGCUCCUUUCUUGAUUGUGGAUGUACAGAUUGAUAAUCUCUGCUAGUUUCAUUUCUUGUCCUGAAAGUCAGGGUUGCC